AUGCCACCACAAACCCCUAUAAACGUCAUAGUCAUCGGAGCAGGCUUCGCCGGUCUCUCCACAGCAAUAUCCUGCCACCGCGCCGGGCACAAGGUAACAAUCUACGAACGCGCCCCAGACCUGCAACCCUUGGGCGACAUAAUCUCGUUCGGGCGCAACGCCGGGCUCAUAUUCGCGCGCUGGUCACCAUCCCUCGUGGACGAGAUGCUGCCGCUCAGCAUUAACCUGCAGGACCACGGGUUCCGGAUCCAUAAGUAUACGGGCGAGCAUGUGACGACGCAGCACUCUCUGCCGCUGGAGAGGGGGGCGCCGACGAUUAAUGGGCAUCGGGGGGAGUUGCAUUUGGUGUUGUUGAGGUUUGUAAAGGAGUUGGGGGUGGAUGUUAGGCUUGGGUGUGAUGUUGUGAGGUGUUUCGAAGACCAAGGGAGGGCUGGGAUUGAGAUUUUGGGUGGGGAGAGGGUAUACGGGGAUGUGGUGAUUGGAUGCGACGGGGUCCAUUCCAAGGCAAGAGAGCUGGUAUUAGGGCACGAAACAAAAUUGCAGUCAAGUGGAUACGCCAUUUUCCGCGCCUGGUUCGACAGCAAAGACAUGCUCGCCGACCCACUCACCAAACACCUCUGCGAAAACGGCGACACCUUCAACGGCUGGAUCGGCCCGGACGUGCAUUUCCUCGUUUCCUCCUUAAAGGGCGGGAGGGAUAUGUGUUGGGUACUAACGCAUAAGGACGAGUCCGAGCUCUCAGACCGCUGGUCUUUCCCUGGAAAGUUGACGGAUGUGUACAAGAUCCUCGAGGGCUGGGCACCGAUAUGCAAGCGCAUUGUGUCGAAAACACCGGAGGAUUCUCUGAUUGACUGGAAACUUGUCUGGCAGGAUCCGCUGCCGACUUGGGUGAGCCAGGGAGGCCGCAUUGCGCUGGCUGGGGACUCGGCGCAUGCGUUUCUGCCGACAUCGACGCAGGGUGCGACGCAGGCGCUGGAGGAUGGAGUCACGAUUGCGACUUGCUUGAAGUGGGCAGGGAAGGAGAGGAUUCCUGAUGCAUUGAAGGCGUUUGAGAGGAUACGGUAUGACCGUGUCUGUAAAGUGCAGGAAACCGGCAAGACUACGAGGGAGAGAUGGCACAAGGCCAGCUGGGACGAGGUCGAGAAAGACCCAAAGCGUCUCGAGUUGCCACGAGAGAGCUGGAUCUUGGAUCAUGAUGCUGAAGGACAUGCAGAGAAAAUGUGCGAGCAGAUCUUUGGAAAGAACAGAGAGAGCAAGAUAUAG